UACUUUCUCAGAUGUACUUCUUAAUAAAUGAUGUGGUUUAGAUAUAGUAUUUAGGAAUACUUGGCGCAGAGGUUUGACAUGUUGAAGUUGAAAAUUAACAGUAAAAAUUUUUCAACACUAGACAAAAUAUUUUCUAAUAAGUAUCAUUAUGUAUGAAAAUUUUAUAGAAAAUAUUAAAAUGAGACAACUUCCACAUAGUAAGUUGGUAUGUAAGAAGUGUUCAUAUAGAAUUUAAGGUGGUACUUGCUUCCAAAAGAAGAGCAACUAUGUCGCUCUAAAGUCCAUAUCUUUUCCUUUCAGAAUCUGACUGAAAGCAUGGAAAAAGGCAAUCACUCCACAGUGACCAAAUUCUUCCUCUCUGGUUUAACAGAACAACCAGAGCUGCAGCUGCCCCUCUUCCUCCUCUUCCUUGGAAUCUACCUACUCACAGUGCUGGGGAACCUGGGCAUGAUCAUCCUGAUCCUGCUCAGCUCUCACCUGCACACACCCAUGUACUUCCUCCUCAGCAGUCUGUCCUUCAUUGACCUCUGCCAAUCUACUGUCAUUACCCCCAAAAUGCUGGUGAACUUUGUGAUGGAGAAGAAUGAAAUCUCCUACCCUGAGUGCAUGAUUCAACUUUACUUCUUUCUCCUUUUUGCUAUUUCAGAAUGUUACAUGCUAGCUGCAAUGGCAUAUGAUCGCUAUGUUGCCAUCUGUAGCCCCUUGCUUUACAAUAUCAUCAUGUCUCAACAUAAGUGCCUUUCUCUUAUUUUAGGAGUUUACAUUAUAGGCAUAGUUUGUGCAUCAGCUCAUGUAGGGUGUAUGUUUAGGAUUGAUUUCUGCAGAUUUGAUUUGAUCAACCAUUAUUUCUGUGACCUUAUUUCUGUCCUUAAGCUCUCAUGUUCUAAUGUUUUUGUGAAUGAGUUGAUGAUUCUAAUUUUUAGUGGAGUUAAUAUUAUUGCGCCAACCCUGUCCAUCCUUAGUUCUUAUGUUUUCAUCAUUGUUAGCAUCCUACACAUUAAAUCCACUGAGGGAAGAUUCAAAGCCUUCAGUACCUGCAGCUCCCACAUUUCAGCUGUUGCUGUCUUUUAUGGUUCUGCUGCAUUUAUGUAUCUAAACCCAUCAUCUUCCCAUUCUAUGGAUGAAGGAAAAGUGUCUUCUAUAUUUUACACUAUCAUUGUGCCCAUGUUCAACCCCCUAAUCUACAGUCUGAGGAAUAAGGAUGUCAAUAUUGCUUUGAAGAAAAUGAUAGAAAGAUCAUUAUUGUGACAAGUAUAAUGUAUAAAAUAUAUCAUAACCCUUAAUUUGUGACUGCUACAUAGUAUUAAUUAAAUAUAUUUAAAUUUAUUCAGUCUACAUAAUUUUUCUUUAUUUUAUGAGAUUCUAUUACAUUAUUUUCCUUCCUUGGCUUUACUAAUUUUAUUUUCCUCAAUAUCUCACUUCAUAUCUUCAAUUCCAGAGUAAUGACAAUUUCUUUCUUUUUUUCUUCUUAUCAAAUGUUUUUUAAUUUCACAGACAAUAUGAAACAUACUAUGUACCAGGCACACAACAGUUUUGAAGUUUCCAAGAGAACACAGAUUAGAGUAUAGAGAUUAAAUGAAGGUUUAUUCAUCACAGCUGGAACUGUAGUUUAUAUAAAAUUUUAUAUAAAGCAUACAAUCCAAUUAUCAGCCAAUUGAAAAUUUUACUCUACUCAUAAUAUAAAAAUGAUGCUUUGAGAUACAAAAUUUUUUAGUAAACAAAAUAUAUAAACAUUUAAAAUAAUCAUUAAAAUUCAACUUUAUAAUUUAUAAAGAUUCACUAUAAAAAUAUAUCAGCAGUCACUUCUUUUAUAAAGGUACCAUAGGCUACUGUACACAAUAGUCUCAAUGUAA